AAUUCUGCAGCGUACUUUAAAUGUCCUUCUGAUGACACCUGGCUAAUUUGGACUGUUCGUCUUUGGAGUACCUCGUCGACUUGGGACUCUCCAAACCCUAACUUUCCAAACCCAACCCCCCGUUGAUAAUCAGCCGCAAUUCAUACCUCCCCACCCAACAAUCCAAGAUGUCUAAGAAGGCACUGAGUGAGGAGGAAAAGUUCCUCUACCUGGAUAAAGACUUCAUCAACAGUCCCGUAGCACAGGCCGACUGGGCAGCCAAGAAGCUGGUGUGGGUGCCCUCGGAGAAGAAUGGCUUCGAUGCGGCCAGCAUCCAGGAAGAACAUGGCGAAGACGUUCUGGUGGUGUUGGCAGACAAUGCCAAGAAGGUGACGAUCAACAAGGAUGACAUCCAGAGGAUGAACCCGCCCAAGUUCAGCAAGGUGGAGGACAUGGCGGAGCUCACCCACCUGAACGAGGCCUCUGUGCUGCAUAACCUGAGGGAGCGCUACUUCUCCGGCCUGAUCUACACCUACUCUGGCCUCUUCUGUGUGGUGGUGAAUCCCUACAAAAUGCUGCCCAUCUACUCAGAGAAAAUCAUUGAAAUGUACAAAGGGAAGAAACGGCACGAGGUUCCUCCUCACAUCUACUCCAUCUCCGAUAAUGCCUACAGAAACAUGAUGCAAAAUCGUGAAGACCAGUCUAUUCUCUGCACAGGAGAGUCUGGGGCAGGAAAGACAGAGAAUACCAAAAAGGUCAUUCAGUAUUUGGCAGUUGUGGCUUCCUCCACCAAAGGCAAAAAAGACACCAGUGCUCAACAAGCAGGAUCGAGUUGGCUUUUUGGGGAGUUGGAGAAGCAGCUGCUGCAGGCCAACCCCAUCCUGGAAGCUUUUGGCAAUGCCAAGACCAUCAAAAAUGACAACUCCUCCAGAUUCGGCAAAUUUAUCCGUAUUAACUUUGACGUGACAGGCUACAUCGUUGGAGCCAACAUUGAAACCUAUCUUCUGGAGAAGUCUCGCUGUAUCAGACAGGCCAAAACGGAGAGAGCUUUCCACAUCUUCUACUACAUGGUGGCUGGAGUAAAGGGCAAGCUACAAGAGGACCUGCUGCUGGAGGGCUUCAACAAAUACCGCUUCCUAAUGGAGGGCCACGUCCAGGUGCCAGGCAACCAGGAUGAUGACAUGUAUGAGGAGACCAUGGAGGCCAUGUCCAUCAUGGGCUUCACAGACGAGGAGAGGACAGAUAUCCUCAAAGUGGUCUCAUCUGUGCUGCAGCUGGGUAACAUUGAGUUUAAGAAGGAGAGGAACCAGGAGCAGGCCACCAUGCCAGACAACACAGCUGCCCAGAAAUGGUGCCACCUUCAGAGCGUCAAUAUAAUUGACUUCACAAAAGCUAUGUUGACACCUCGCAUCAAAGUGGGGCGAGAGGUUGUUCAGAAAGCCCAAACCAAAGAACAGGCUGACUUUUCUGUGGAGGCCCUGGCCAAGGCCAUGUAUGAACGUCUGUUCCGUUGGAUCCUCAGCCGCGUGAACAGGGCUUUGGACAAAACCAAGCGCCAGGGUGCUUCUUUCCUGGGAAUCUUGGAUAUUGCUGGGUUUGAGAUCUUUGAGGAUAACUCCUUCGAGCAGCUCUGCAUCAACUACACCAACGAGAGACUGCAGCAGCUGUUCAACCACACCAUGUUCAUCCUGGAGCAGGAGGAGUACCAGAGGGAGGGCAUCGAGUGGAACUUCAUUGACUUCGGCCUGGACCUGCAACCUUGUAUUGAACUAAUUGAAAGACCGAACAACCCCCCUGGUAUCUUGGCCCUGCUGGAUGAGGAGUGCUGGUUCCCCAAAGCCACAGAUGUCUCCUUCGUUGAGAAGCUCACAAACACACAAGGCAACCACACCAAGUUCUCCAAACCCAAACAACUGAAAGAGAAGACGCUGUUCUCUGUGCUUCACUAUGCUGGAAAGGUGGACUACAAUGCCGCAGCAUGGUUGACUAAGAACAUGGACCCUCUGAAUGACAAUGUGACAACAUUACUGAGUAACUCCUCAAAUCCCUUCAUAUCUGAGCUGUGGAGAGACGGUGACCGGGUUGUGGGUCUGGAUACAAUGGCCAAGAUGUCCGACAGUUCCAUGCCCAGUGCCACCAAGACGAAGAAGGGCAUGUUCCGUACAGUGGGCCAGCUCUACAAGGAGUCCCUCACCAAGCUGAUGACCACUCUUCACAACACCCAGCCAAACUUCGUCCGCUGUAUCAUCCCCAAUCACGAGAAGAGGGCUGGAAAGCUGGAUGCUAACCUGGUGCUUGAGCAGCUGAGAUGCAACGGUGUGCUGGAGGGUAUCCGUAUUUGUCGGCAAGGAUUCCCCAACAGAAUUAUGUUCCAGGAGUUCCGUCAACGAUAUGAAAUUUUAGCUGCCAGCUCUAUCCCUAAAGGCUUUAUGGAUGGAAAACAAGCUUGCUGCCUCAUGAUGAAUCACCUGGAUCUGGAUCCCAACCUGUUCCGGAUUGGUCAAAGUAAGGUGUUCUUCCGCACGGGAGUCUUGGCUCAGCUGGAAGAGGAGAGAGACCUGAAGAUUACUGUCAUCAUCAUUGCUUUCCAAUCCCAGGCUAGAGGAUUCCUGGCCAGAAAGGCGUUCGCCAAGAGGCAGCAGCAGCUGACCGCCAUGAAAGUGAUCCAGAGGAACUGUGCCGCCUACCUCAAACUCAGGAACUGGCAGUGGUGGAGACUCUUCACCAAGGUCAAGCCUCUGCUCCAGGUGACCAGACAGGAGGAAGAGAUGGGGGCCAAAGAGGACGAGCUGAAGAGAGUACAAGAAGCAGCGCAGAGGUAUGAGGUGGAGCUGAAGGACAUCAGCUUAAAGCAGACUCAGCUGGUGGAUGAGAGGAAUCAGCUCCAGGAGCAGCUGCAGGCUGAGACGGAGCUGUACGCCGAGGCCGAAGAGAUGAGGGUGCGUCUGUCCAGCAAGAAGCAGGAGCUGGAGGAGAUCCUGCACGAGAUGGAGGCUCGUCUGGAGGAGGAAGAGGACCGCUCCAUCCUGCUGCAUGAAGAGAAGAAGAAGAUGUCGUCGCAGAUCCAGGACCUAGAGGAACACCUUGAGGAAGAGGAGGAUGCUCGCCAAAAGCUACAGCUGGAGAAAGUCACCUGUGAAGGCAAGGUCAAGAAGCUGGAGGAUGACAUCCUUAUUAUGGACGACCAGAACAUGAAGCUACAGAAGGAAAGAAAAAUGUUGGAGGAGAGGUCAGCAGACUUGAGCUCCAAUCUGGCUGAGGAAGAGGAAAAAUCCAAAAAUCUGACAAAACUGAAGAACAAGCAUGAAUCUAUGAUAUCUGAACUUGAGGUACGCCUGAAGAAAGAGGAGAAGGGCCGACAGGAGCUGGACAAAGCCAAGAGGAAGCUGGAAGCUGAAUCAAACGACAUGCAGGAGCAGCUUGCCGACCUGCACGCACAGAUUGCUGAGCUGAAAGCACAGCUUGCAAAGAAGGAAGAGGAGCUUCAGAAUGCUCUGGCCAGGCUGGAGGACGAGGCGGCCCAGAAGAACAACGCCCUGAAGAAGAUCCGCGAGCUGGAGGGGCACAUCUCAGACCUGCAGGAGGACGUGGAGUCAGAGCGCGCCGCCCGCAACAAGGCUGAGAAGAUGAAGCGGGACCUGGGCGAGGAGCUGGAGGCCCUCAAGUCUGAGCUGGAGGACACGCUGGACUCCACCGCCACCCAACAGGAGCUCAGGGCCAAGCGGGAGCAGGAGGUGACCGUCCUGAAGCGGGCCAUGGAGGAGGAGGGCCGUAACCACGAGGCUCAGGUGCAGGAGAUGAGGCAGAAACACACGCAGGCCUUCGAGGAGCUCACUGAACAGCUGGAGCAGUCAAAGAGGGUGAAAUCCAACCUAGAGAAGGCCAAGCAGGGUCUGGAGAAGGAGACGUCUGAACUGCACAUAGAGAUCCGCUCGCUCGCUCAGUCCAAGCAGGACGGGGAGAACAAGCGGAAGAAGCUGGAGGGCCAGCUGGUUGACCUACAGUCCCGCUUUACUGAAGGAGAAAGGCAGAAGGCUGAGCUGACAGAACGGGUGUCCAAAUUCACUGUGGAAUUGGAGAGCGUGACCAACCUUCUGAAUGAAGCGGAGGGUAAGAACAACAAGCUGAGCAAAGAUGUGGCCAGUCUGACCUCUCAGGUCCACGACUCACAGGAGCUGCUGGCUGAGGAGACCAGACAGAAGCUGCAGUUCUCCACCAAGCUCCGGCAGAUGGAGGACGACCGCAACAGUCUGCAGGAGCAGCUCGACGAGGAGUCUGAGGCCAAGAGGAACGUGGAGAGACACGUCAGCACAUUAAACAUUCAGCUGUCAGAUUUCAAGAAAAAAGUUGAAGAGAUGUCUGGAAACGUGGAACAGCUCGAAGAGAACAAGAAGCGGUUGCAACGAGAUCUUGAGGCCUCCAACACCCAGUAUGAGGAGAAGGCAGCAGCCUAUGACAAGAUGGAGAAGACCAAACACCGGCUGCAGCAGGAGCUGGAGGACGUCCUGAUGGACCUCGACAGUCAGAGGCAGGUUGUUUCAAACCUGGAGAAGAAACAGAAGAAGUUCGAUCAGAUGUUGGCAGAGGAGAAGAUGAUCUCCAGUAAGUAUGCUGACGAGCGGGACCGGGCCGAGGCCGAGGCUCGGGAGAAGGAGACCAAGGCGCUGUCUCUGGCCCGGGCUCUGGAGGAGUCCCAGGACGGACGUGAGGAGCUGGAGAGGAUUAACAGAACCCUGAAGGCUGAGAUGGAGGACUUGGUCAGCUCUAAGGAUGACGUUGGCAAGAGCGUCCAUGAGCUGGAGAAGUCCAAGCGUGGUUUGGACGCACAGGUGGAGGAGAUGAAGACCCAGCUGGAGGAGCUGGAGGAUGAGCUGCAAGCAGCAGAAGACGCCAAGCUGCGUCUGGAGGUCAACAUGCAGGCCAUGAAGGCCCAGUUUGAGAGGGACCUGCUAGGCAGAGACGAGCAGGGAGAGGACAAGAAGAGGCAACUCAUCAAGCAGGUGCGUGAGAUGGAGACAGAACUGGAGGAUGAGCGUAAGCAGAAGACCAUCAUGGCCGCAGCUAAGAAGAAGAUGGAGGGAGACCUGAAGGAUCUUGAGGACCAGAUUGAGACUUCCAAUAAGGGCAGAGACGAGGCCAUCAAGCAGCUCCGCAAGAUUCAGGCCCAGAUGAAGGACUACCAGAGGGAAUUGGAUGAUGCUCGAGCAGGCAGGGAGGACGUUCUCGCCACUGCCAAGGAAAGCGAGAGGAAGGCAAAGAGUCUGGAGGCAGAACUCAUGCAGAUGCAGGAGGACUUGGCUUCCGCAGAAAGAGGAAAGAAACAAGCAGAGGCUGAGAGAGAUGAACUUGCCGAUGAGCUUUCCAGCAACACCUCUGGAAAGUCAGCCCUGGCAGAUGAAAAACGGAGGUUGGAAGCAAAGAUCUCUCAGCUGGAGGAGGAGCUGGAGGAGGAACAGGGCAACAUGGAGAUGAUCAACGAUCGCCUGAGGAAGAGCACACAACAGGUUGACCAGCUGACCAAUGAGCUUCAGUCAGAGCGCACCACGUCCCAGAAGAAUGAGAGCGCACGGCAGCAGAUGGAGCGCCAGAACAAAGAACUUAAAGCCAAACUACAGGAGAUGGAGAACCAAGUCAAGUCCAAGUUCAAGUCCUCCAUCACAGCACUGGAGGCUAAAGUGGCUCAGCUGGAGGAGCAGCUAGAGCAGGAGAGCAGGGAUAAACAGAACACUGCCAAGGCAGUGCGUCAGAAGGAGAAGAAGCUGAAGGAUGUGUUGAUUCAGGUAGAGGACGAGCGGAAGCAAGCUGAGCAGUACAAAGACCAGGCAGACAAGUCCAACUCCCGGGUGAAGCAGCUGAAGAGGCAGCUGGAGGAGUCAGAGGAAGAGUCCCAGCGCAUCACUGCCGCCCGCAGGAAACUGCAGAGAGAGCUGGAGGAGGCCACCGAGGCCAAUGAUGCCAUGACCCGCGAGGUCAACACUCUCAAGAACAAACUCAGACGGGGUAACGAGCCAUCCUUCAGCACCACGCCACGGCGCACUGGUGGAGGGGGCCGGAGAACGAUGAUUGACAGCGGUGACGCCGGGGAGGAUGACGGGGACAUGGGAGGAGACUACAACGGCACAAAGGGGGAGUAGAGCUGCCCGACUCCUGCCUCCCAGUCCAGCGCACCUCUGCUGUUUAAUAGACCUGCCUCAUUGAUUCUAAACACACACACACACACACACACUGAAAUUACCCUUAGCCUGCUGGCUAUGCCAAAGCACUGCAUUAAGGCUUUCUUUCACCACAUAUGGUACGGUUGGGCCAUAGUCCUUAGCCCUUCUGUUACCCACAUGUGGACUUGGCUAAAUAAUAAAAAAUAAUAUUAUUUGUUCCUUCAUGAGCCUGAGACAUCGGUGGCCGACGAGGACCUGAUGUUGACGGUCUCUAACCAGUCUAAAACAAACACCACAUUUUAUCAGUAGAUUACUUUACUUUUCUCCACCGUACUGUUUUUUUUUAACUGCACUGAGCUAGUUUAGACAAUUGGAUAUUUGUGUACUUUUAGUGAUUUACACUCUCUCAGGUACGUCUUAAAUUUGCUUUUCACUUACGAGGACAAACAUUUAUUUUGUUCACAUUUGGAACGCACCAGUAGUUUUCCAAAAAUCUUAAUAAUGAACAAACAUGUCGACAAGAAUUAAUGAGUCCUUCAAAUGGUGAACGAUAUGAAUGGAAACAGCCUUCAUACGGAUGUGACUGCCGUUUCCUAGACAUUCAUAAUACUGAGGAAAGAUUAGCAUCCCUAAGAAACAAUAUUUUCUCUGCACUUUAGUACAUCGUUUCUGUAAUCUUGUCUAGAAAUGAUCGCAAGAUAUUAACAACGGCAACUAACCAGUUGUUUCGGCUUAAGUUUCUGGUCAUUGCUAUGUUUAACUUCAAGGUAACAAAAUGAUGUGCAAUCAUAUUCUACCCUGUCAUCACGCAUAUUCUACCGGCAGAGCAAUACAAGACAACUGUGGUCUCUUCAAGUAACUCAUUUAAUAUAUAUCGAAAUAUAUCCUUCAAGCUGUACCACUUCACUAAAUAUACAUCAGUUAUUGUAUUUUACAUAAAUUGGCGUAGACGUCACCAAAAUUGUGAAUUUGUGAAACCACUUGCACUUCAAAUAAAGUUUGACAAAAGCC